UGACGUCCCGCUGAUUCGCGGCGCUCGGUGACGACGUCACGGUUAGCGGAAGCGAAGGAGAGUUCCAGAAAGAGCGUCGGACGCGUAACUGACAGAGUCAUCAUCUCCGUGUGAUUAUUGUCAUGACGACCAUCGAUUACAGUGUGUGGGAUCAUAUCGAGGUGUCCGAUGAUGAAGAUGAGACACAUCCGAACAUCGACACACCGAGCCUGUUCCGCUGGAGACACCAGGCUCGUGUGGAGCGGAUGGAGGCCUUCAUGAAGAAGGGCGAGGAGCUGGAGAAGAGUCUGACGGAGAGCCGCAGGAAGCUGGCGGAGGCGCAGCGGCGGGUGCAGGAGCUCGUCUCAGCGUCCACACCGGAGGCUAAAGCUGAUCUGGCCAAAGCCCAGGAGGAGGAGAAGCAGCUGAAGAAGCAGGAGAGGUCGUGGGAGAAGAAAAUGCAGGAGCAUCGCAUCGAGGAGAAGAAGAUGCCCUGGAACGUGGACACGCUCAGCAAGGAGGGCUUCAGUAAGAGCGUCGUCAAUGUCAAGCCGGAGAAGGAGGAGGAGACGGAGGAGGAGAAGGAAGAGAAACACAAAACUUUUGUGGAGAAAUACGAGAAACAGAUAAAACAUUUCGGGAUGCUGCGGCGCUGGGACGACUCUCAGAAGUAUCUGUCUGACAAUCCUCACCUGGUCUGCGAGGAAACGGCGAAUUAUCUGGUCAUCAUGUGCAUCGAUCUGGAGGUGGAGGAGAAACACGCUCUCAUGGAGCAGGUGGCCCAUCAGACCAUCGUCAUGCAGUUCAUCCUGGAGCUCUCCAAGAGUCUGAAGGUCGAUCCGCGCGGCUGCUUCCGCCAGUUCUUCGCCAAAAUCAAGACCGCAGAUCAGCAGUAUCAGGAUGCGUUCAAUGAUGAGCUGGAGUCCUUUAAGGAGCGAGUGCGCGGACGAGCCAAGAUCCGCAUCGAGAAAGCCUUGAAAGAAUACGAGGAGGAGGAGCGGCAGAAGCGUCUGGGUCCCGGCGGACUGGAUCCGGUGGAGGUGUAUGAGACGCUGCCUCCGGAAAUGCAGAAGUGUUUCGACGAUAAAGACAUUCAGAUGCUGCAGGACGCCAUCACCAAAAUGGACCCGACGGAGGCCAAAUACCACAUGAAGCGCUGCAUCGACUCUGGACUGUGGGUCCCGAACGCACAAGCAGAUGAAGAGGGAGAUAAAGAUAAAGAGGAAAGCGAUGAGCCGCAGUAUGAGGAAGUGAAGAAAGCAGAUCAGUGACCCUGACCCCUGACCCUGUACUCACCCGCUCCAGAGGUCAGAGCAGAUCCGGAGUUUGACCCCAGAGGCAUCAUGAUGAAAUAAGUGCUGAAGCAGAUUCUAAACACAUCUCUCUUCCUCUUUUCUCUCAUUAUCACUGUUUGUUAUUUAUGCAGUCGCCUGUAGACUCACUCCCAGCGCUUCCGCUUUCUUACACCAUCCUCUAGCUCAUCUAAAGCGAGACUGUGUGUUUUAGGUGUGAUUGGCCAUUACUCACAGGUGAAUGAAGAGCUGCAGUAUUAUAGAUAGAGGAGACGGUCCAGAUGAAUACUAAUAACGAACUGAUUUAGUUGUUGGAUGCUGGUUUUGUCUCUUUUUGUUCAUAUUAUUCACACUGCUCUGUUAGUGCUGUAUGUUCAGUUUGUAUCAGAAUAAAAUUGUGGGCUGAUGGGAAA